GUGACUUAAUUCUAAGUUAGCUCUUCAGUUGUAGAUUAUUGACUAUAAUAUAGACCCUUGUGGGAAGCAGCAAAGAGGGAGACGUUACAAGAACGGGGAAGACAAGAGUAUUCUCACAAACAGAAUUUAAUCAGAUUGUGCAGCUGAACUCCAGUUGCUGCUGGAAGAGCAAUGGCAGGCCGGAGGGGAGUUAAAACUCUGAAGAGAUCUGCCAUCCCUGGGGUUACCAUCACACAGUGUGUGGAGAAUAUUCCUGAAGGGUGCAGCACUCCUGACUUUGAGCGGAAACCAAUUACCGUAACAUUACAGGAAGGUAAAAAUGCCAUUUUCAGAGCUGUGGUUAAGGGCGAACCACAGCCAGAGGUAUUGUGGAAACGCAACAGUAAGGAAAUGGAUGAUCCUCAGAAAUACCAAAUAUCAUUCAGUCCUGGCGCAAAUGAGUUUAUCCUGCAGGUAAACAAAAUCACCUCUGAGGAUGCUGACUUGUACCGUUGUACUGCUGUGAACGAGUAUGGCGAAGCCACAUGCACGGCUGGUCUCAAGAUUAUACAGGUUGGCUUCAAGAAGAAACCAAAGGAGAUCCCUUCUGUACCACAGGCAGACCUGAAGAAGGAGAUACAGGAUUUCAGAAAAACAUUAAAGAAACGUGCUCCUUCAACUACUCCAAAGAAGGAAAUUGAUAUGGAACAGGUCUGGCAGUUAUUGCUGAAUGCAGAUAGGAAAGAUUAUGAAAAAAUCUGCCUGAAGUAUGGCAUUGUUGACUUCCGUGGGAUGCUGAGGAGGCUUCAGGAGAUGAAGAAGGAGAGAGAGGACGAGCAGGCACAGUAUGUACUCACUCUCACAAACCUGAGGCAUGUCAGAGUCAAUGAGGAUCAAGGAAAUGCUUCGUUUGACCUAGAGAUGGAACUGAAACAUCCCGAAAGUAGAAUUUACCUGUACAAGGAUGGCCAGGUGAUCAAUUUUGGAUUUGACAGUGACAAUGUAAAGCACUGCCUGCAGAACAUUGGCAAAAAGUACAAUUUUAUCAUCAACGAUCUGCAGCCAGAAGAUGCUGGCAUGUACCAGAUCAAAGUAGAAGAUGUAGACAUUUUCUCAACUGAGCUGGAAGCAGAAUCCAUUCCAGUAAGCUUUCGCUAUCCACUUGGUGAGGUGAGAUGCCACGAGCAAGGAAAUGCUGCCUUUCAGUGCACCCUCUAUGAAGCCUGCUUCGAUUCUGUGUGGCUGCACAAAACCCAUCAUCUAGAGGCAAAUGACAAGUAUGAUAUCUUGGUCUCAGAUGAUGGCCUAAUUCACCGUCUGGUCAUCAAAAACGCUCAGGCCUCUGACAAAGGGACUUACACCAUUGAUAUUGGAAGCCGCUCUUCAAGUGCCUGGCUUGAGGUUGAAUCUAAAGGAAAGAGAAAACAGAUUGAAGGAAACAGUGAUGAUAAAACUGGAUGGCAGAACAAACAGUUAGAUGAAGACCAUGCUAAGAAACUUCACCAAGGAAAAGGGCAUGACGAUCAAGAUGGCCAGUACAGGAAUGGUCAAGAUGCCAAUGGAGAAUCUUAUGGCUCCUUGGGAAAAGAUGGAUCUUUGGGAAGAGGACGAGCUGACAGAGAUGGGAAGAUGGGACAGUUUUCUGGAGUGGGGAUAGACAUGGCAGAGGGGAAUCAGUUUUCUGGAUUUGCGGGUAGUAGCAUGGGGCUUGCUAUGCUCACUGGAAAUGCUGUUAGUGAAGGAAUGGGUAACUUGGCUGGCAUAGGCUCACUGUAUGGUAAAGAUUCUAUGUCAGAUGGCACAGGUGCUGGCACUAGAUCUGGAGGUGCAGGUGGACUGCAAACUUCAGAUAGUUCCACACUUAAUGGGGCAGGUCCUAGUGACAGAUUUAGCAGAGCACAUAGCAUGGGAUCCCAAGAUUCCAUGUUAGGCAGUGCAGAUGUAGCCAGUGACAGAUGUGGUGUAGGAGGUGUUGAUGGUGCUGGAGCUGGACUUGGUGUACCAGGAAAGGCAGAAGGGUUUUAUGGCAAGAAGGGUGGACUACGCAGUGCUGGUGGUGUUGGAGCCAGGCUUGAUAGUGCUGGAGGUCUCUCAAGCAAGGAUGAUGGACUAGAUGGUGCAGGUGGGCCAGGAGCUGGGUUUGGUGGUGGACCUGCAGGUGGGCUCUAUAGCAAGGAUGGUAUGCUAGAGAGAGUUGGCAUGAGUAGUGCAGGAGGAAGGGGUGGAGUUGGUGAGGAUGGUAAGCUAGAUGGAGUUGGCAUCAUUGGAGCUGGUGCAAGGGGUGAAGGAAGAAUCUAUGGUAGUGCUAAUAGUCAUGGAGCUGGGCUUGAUGGCAUAGUUGGACUUUAUGGCAAGGAUGGUAGAGCAGGUGCUGAUGGACCAGGAGGUGCAGUGGGCGUAGGAGAACACUAUGGCAAAGAUGGUAUGCCAGGUGGAGCAGGCUCUGGUGGUCCUGGGGGAGUAGGUGGGCUCUAUGGCAAAGAUGAUGUGCUGCCUAGAUCUGGUACUGGUGCUAGCGGUGGAUUCUAUGGCAAGGAUGGCAUGGGACCUGGCAGUGCUGGGGGACUCUAUGGCAAAGAUGGAAUGACGACUGAAGCAGGCAUUGGUGCACCUGGUGGCGCUGGGGGAACAGAUGGACUGUAUGACAAAGAUAUGUUAGAUGGAGGUGGAGCAAGUGCUGGUGGACCUGGUGGUGCUGGGGGAAUAGGUGGAUUCUAUGACCAGGAUGGCAUGCUAGGUGGAGCAGGACCUAGUGCUGCUGGGGGCAUUGGUGGGCUCCAUGGUAAGGACGGCAUCCCAUUUGGUGGAGGUGCAAAUGGGCCCAGUGCUGCUGGGGGAGCAGGUGGACUCUAUGGCAAGGAUGGCAUGCAAGCUGGAACUGGUGGUGCUAUGGGAGUAGGGGGACUCUAUGGCAAGGAUGGUAUGCUAGGUAGUGCUAGAGCUGGUGGUGCUGGAGGCAAUGGUGGACUCUGUGGUAAGAAUGCUAUGCUAUGUGGAGCUGGACCUGGUGGACCUGGUGGUGCUGGAGGCUUUGGUGGACUCUAUGGGAAGGAUGGAAUGCUAGUUAGUGGAACCACUAGUGGACCUGGUGGUGCUGUGGGCAUCAGUGGACUCUACAGUAAGGAAGGUUUGCCAGUUGGCGGAGGCACUGGUGAGCCUAGUGAUACUGGGGGAGUAGGUGGACUCUAUGGUAAGAAUGGUAUGCUAAGUGGAGCUGGAGCUGGUGGACUUGGUGGCACUGGAGGCAUUGGUGGACUCUAUGGUAAGGAUGGAAUGCCAGUUAGUGGAGGCACUGGUGGACCUGGUAGCACUGGAGAUAUUGGUGGACUCUAUGGUAAGGAUGAUUUACCAGUUAGCAGAGGCAAUGAUGGACCUGGUGAUGCUAGGGGAGUAGGUGGACUCUAUGGCAAGGAUGGUAUGCUAGCGGGAGCUGGUGCUGCUGGAGGUGGCCUCUAUGGUAAGGAUGGUUUGUCAGUUGGUGGAGACAUUGGUGGACCAGGUGGUGCAGGGGGAACAGGUGGCCUUUAUGAUAAGGAUGGUAUGCUAGCGGGAGCUGGUGGACUCAGUGGUGCUGGGGGAGUAUGGGGACUCUAUGGCAAGUAUGGUAUGGUGGGUGGAGCUGGAGCUGGUGGACCUGGCAGUACUGGAGUCAUUGGUAGACUCUAUGGUAAGGAUGGAAUGCCAGUUAAUGGAAGCACUAAUGGAUCUAGUAGCACUGGAGAUAUUGGUGGACUCUAUGGUAAGGAUGGUUUACCAGUUGGCAAAGGCAAUGGUGGACCUGGUGGUGCUGGGGAAGUAGGUGGACUCUAUGGUAAGGAUGGUUUACCAGUUGGCAGAGGCAAUGGUGGACCUGGUGGUGCUGGGGAAGUAGGUGGACUCUAUGGUAAGGCUUAUAUGAUAGAUGGAGCUGAAGUUGGUGGCGCUGGUAGAGUUGGUGGAUAUUAUGGGAAGGAUGGUAUAUUAGAUGGAGAUGGAGAUGGUGGACCUGGCAGUGCUGACAGAGUUGGUGGGCUCCAUGGCAAGGAUGGGGUACUAGGUGGAGCUGGUGCUGGCAGACCUGGUGAUGCUGCUGGAGUAGCUGGACUCUAUGGCCAGGAUAUCACACUAGGUGGAGCAGGGCUUCGUGGUGCUACAGACACUGGUGGUCUCUAUGGCAGGGAUGGUAUGCCAGGUGGACCUGGUGCUGGUGGUGCUAGGGGAGUAGGUGGUCUCUACAGUAAGGAUGCUAUGCUAGCAGCUGGUGGAUCUGGUAGUGCUGGGGGCAUAGGUGGACUCUAUGACAAAGAUGGAAUGCCAGGAGGGACAGGGACUGCUGGUACUUGGGGCACUGGGGCACUCUGUGGCAAAGAUUGUAUUCUAGGUGGUGCUGGUGGAACUGGUAGUGCUGGAGGCAUUGAUGGAUUCUGUUGCAAGGAUGGAAUGCCAGGUGGUACAGGUGUUGGUGGUGCUGGGGGCAUGUGUGGAACCCAUGGCAAAAAUAGCUUGCUUGUUGGAGCUGGUGCUGAGUUAAGGAGCACAGGAGGCAGAGGUGGUCUUCAUGGCCAGGACAGCAUCCUUGGUGGAGCUGGGUUAGGAAAUGGAGGGAGUACAGGGGAAAAUUCUGGCAAAGCCCCUAUGUACGAAGGAGACAGCAUUCCUGGAUAUGGCCUCGAUGGAACAGGGGCAGCAUCUGACAUGCAAGGUGGAGCUGGUAGUGCUGGUCUUUCCAGUGCAGAAAACAUGAGAGGUCACCAUGGUAAGGAAGGUGUGUUUCCUGGAGCUGGAGGUGCUGGUUUAACAGGUCUAGGGGGCACAGGUGAUCUUUAUGACCAGGCUUGUACUUUACAUGGAAGUAGUGCUGGUAGUGCUAGUGCUCCAUUAGGAGGUGUAGGGAAAACCCAAGAGCUGCACAGUCAGGGGAUCAUGAUGGAUGGAACUGGAGGAGAUGGCACCAAAGAUGAUGUACGAGGUGCAGGUUAUGAUGAAGGAGGAACAGGUAGUCUCUGUGGUAAGGAUUGUAGGCUUUGUGGAACUGGUGCCGGUGGACUUAGUGGUGAAGGAUGGCUGGGCAAUCUCUGUGAUAGGGAUAUUAGGCUAGGUGGGGUUGGGGUUGGUCCAGGAAAUAGAGGUGUUGAUGGAUCACAGUAUGAGAAAAUGUCAAAUAUUCCUGGUGAAGAGUUCCUAGGCUACGGCCAGUCUUCUGGCCUUUUUGAUGCUGGAACUCAUGCUGGUAACAGAAGAAGACAGCUAUCCAACUUAGAUGCCAGUGGACAUCCUUCAUCUGAUAUUUCAAGGACCAAGGAUAGGAAAGGGAGAGGAGGAAGUCUUCUUGAAGGGGAUGUGAGAGAACCACAUUGCUGUUUCAAUCAAGGUUUGUUUGACCUCCAUGCUCUGAAAGGAAAACCAGCUGCGUUAACAUGCAGCCUCAACAAUGAUAAGCUUGAGGGAACCUGGUUUAAAGAUGGGUUCAAGAUAAUAGGCCUGGAUGGAGUCUCCAUUGAGAAAGAUGGCCCAGUCCACAAACUGAUAAUAGAUGAAGUACAAGACAGUCAUGCUGGAAAAUACCAAUUUGAGGCUGAAGGAGUCCGAACAGAGGCGUCUAUUUUUGCUGAAGACCCUCCAAAUGUUGACUCUGCUCUUCUGGAAAAACUGCAGAAGGAACCUAUAGUGGUAAAGGCAGGAAAGAAUGCCAUAGUCAAAAUCCCAUUUGAAGGCCGGAAGCCAAUCAGAGCAACUUGGCUAAAGGAUGAAGAUGAACUUCUGGAUGAUGCCAGGAUUAGCAUUGACUAUUCAGACAACUUCACCCGGCUCUCUAUAUCCAGCACCCACCGGAUGGAUUGUGGUGAAUAUAAAGUAAAGCUGAAGAACAAGUGUGGAAGCGCUGAAGCAACUUUCAAGCUGGUAGUAACAGCUAAGCCGCAGCCACCAAUGGGACCCGUAGAAGUCAUGGACAGCUCUAGAAGUGGCAUAACAAUCCAGUGGAAGCCCCCAAAAGAUGAUGGUGGUAAACCAGUCCAGAGUUACAUUAUUGAGAAGCAGCAGGUUGGCAGAACGACCUGGGUGACCUUGGGACGAACCGGUGGAAGCAGCACUAUUUUCACCACCAAUAAAGUGGAAGCUGACAAAAGUUAUUACUUCAAGGUGAAAGCAGUGAAUACUGAGGGUACCAGUGAGGCCCUCGAGUCUGAUGAAGUGAUGGCUGCUACCAAAGCAUUUCCUGGUCGUCCUGCUCCUCCCAAAAUUGUCAGUGCCAACAAGGAUGCCAUCACACUCUCAUGGACAGCACCACAUAAAAUAGGCAACUCCCAGAUAUUGGGCUACAGUGUUGAAAAAUGCAAAAAAGGCAGCAACACCUGGACACCUAUCACUGACCUGCCCAUUCCAGACAGGAAGUACACAGUGACUGAUCUGAAGGAGGGGUUGCUGUAUGAAUUCCGUGUGGCUGCCAUUAAUACUACAGGGGUGGGUGAGGUCAGCGCACCUUCAGAAGCUGUUUUUGCUCGGGAUCCCAUGAAACCACCAGGUCCAGUGAGAGAUCUUAAAGUGGUCAGUACUGACUACUGCAGCAUCUCCUUGUCAUGGAUGAAACCAGAAGCAGAGGAAGAAAGUCAUGCCAAGGGCUAUGUUAUAGAGAUGCGACACACUGACACUCUGAAGUGGACCCAGUAUAAUGCCCUCCCAAUACCAAAGACUACAUACACUGUUAGAGGGCUAAAAGCCAGGGAGAUGUACUUCCUGAGGGUGAGAGCAAUCAACAACGGCGGUUUUGGUGAGCAUGUUGAACUGGAUACUUGCGUCCAAGCUGUACCUGCCACUGUUCAUCCCAAACUCUUAGUAAAGGACAUCAUCAAAAGCUUCAUGAUUGUGAAAGCAGGGAAUACCAUUCGUUUGCGCAUUCCCUUUGAAGCUUUCCCAACUCCUGAAGUGCUUUGGCUGAAGGAUGGGCUUUCUCUUCCCGCCAAGGCUACAAUUGCCACCAGAGAAGGCCUGAGUCAACUCAUCAUCCCAGGAGCUAACUUUUCUGACAGUGGGCAUUAUGCCAUCAUCCUCCAAACUGAGGGAGGAAAUAAAGAGACAUUCAGCAUCCUAGUCCAAGUUCUAGACAUCCCAGAAUCUCCUGGUCCUAUACAGCUGAUUGAGAAAGUCCCAGAUACAGUGACUCUGAUGUGGGAACCUUCACCAACAGAGAAGAGAGAGGGCAACCUGAACUAUAUGGUCAUGAGACGUGACUCCAACAAAGGAUUGUGGGAACUGGUGGCUGACCUGAUUUACACCAACAAGUACACAGUCUCAAAUUUUGUCCCAGGCCGGGAAUAUUUCUUCAGAGUCCUGGCAAAAAAUUGUAUGGGAAUCAGUGAACCCUCUGAAACAGUGCAACCCUGGAGCAUUCACAGGGACAAGGGUAAAUUUGAAGUCAGCCUUCCAAAAUACAAGGGGAUCAACGAAACUCAGCCUCCAAGAUUCCUUGUCCCACUGAAACCUCAUGUGGUGACUUUAGGAUUUGAUUGUCACAUGAGUUGUGCUGUGACUGGAUAUCCAGUUCCUCAAGUAACCUGGUACAAAGAUGGCAAGAAUCUCUCUCAGGAUCCUACCUUCUUCUGCAAAAAUGACUUUGGGGUCUGCUCUCUUGUGAUCCUAGGAGUCACACCAACAGAUGGAGGCCAGUAUGAGGUGGUGGCCAUCAACGAACUAGGCCAAGCAGUCAGCAAAGCUGAAGUCACCAUAAAAGAACCUACUUUUUAGAAUGGGCUACAUGGUAUCAGCUUUGCACAGCCUGCGGUGUGACAGUGUUUUCCUAUAGGAUUGACACCCUUACUGAAAGAUGCAUAUUUACUAUUACAUCAACAGACUGGAGAUUCUUGCUGGUGUGGCAAGUGUGAUCAAAACAGCAGUUCUCUUUUCUUUACAAUUUUCCAUGACGGGAAAUCCCUAUGAAAACAUGCAUGCAAUUCUGCCUAAUUGUCUUUCAAAGAACAGAAUCCCUGUAUACUUAUCUGAGACUUUUAUGGAAAUAUAACUUUAAUGGAAAGACAGAACUACAACUGGAGGAUGACGACUUUGGUGUGUUACAGCAAGUUUAGUAGUCUUUAAGAUGCCACAGGACUUUUUGUUGUUUCUGCUGGCUACCCCUCUGGAAAUCAUGGCAAGGAGAGAUAGGCCUGCAAGAAUAAUGGAUUACUUAUGUACUUAUAUUACUUAUGUAUAUCCACUUGGUUGUAGAUGAGAUGGCUUGUUUGCAGGAAAAAUAUAUUAUGUGAGCAAAUACUUGGAACCAAUCCUGUGGGAACUGGAUUUGAGAUGAUUUGGCCCUAGCUGCAGUGGCUCUGUUAGGAUAACAUGUGGAUUAUGGAUGUGUUGGGAGUAGAUUCUAACUAGUCAGGAUCCUUCAGUCUAAGAAUUUAUAUCCCGCCCUUCCUUCCAGAAGGAGCCCAAGGUGGCAAACAAGAAACAGAUGCCUCACGUGUUUCAAGCAUCACUUUCAUUUCACUAAACUCUAUAUUUAAUUUGAGAAAGGUUAACAAGCAUAGAAGUGGGAGAAUAACACCCAAUAUUUGUGGGACUGAAGAUGGAUGCCUAAGCAAGGUUAGUUUAACCUUAAAACAGAAAUGAUUUUUCAAAAGGGUAUUUUUUUGGUGAGCCAAUAGCCAUUCCUCAUCAACAGGAAUCAAAGCAAGACUAUGUUUUUGUGUGUUUGCUCAACAAUGAAUUGAAGCCUGAUUCUUUUCCAAAUGAAAUUAGGCCCUGUGUGUUUUCCACUUAUGCCAUGAAAAAUAGCUUGCUAGGUUUUUUAUUAAUUAGUCAGUUGACAAUUUCCUAAUCUAGAACAGCAAAAGAUGCAUAUUAGGUAAUAUAAAUAUGCACUGUGACUAUCAAAUGCAAGUCCAGAACCUGUACUGCAAAAAUGCUGUAGUGAUAGACCUGACAUUUCAUGAUACAUCUCUAGUAAAUAAUAUCCGUAUCUUUGACUGCACUCAGAAUUAACAGGAGGGUAUCUGCUCCUGAAUUUCUAUUCAUCUUCUAAGACAGAAUUGUCAUAUUUUAGUGGAUUUUAUCUGAGAUGUAAGAAUCCAAAAAAGUGAAAGUACACUGAAUGAAUGAUGUUUGAAAAGCAGAUAUGAGAUGAUGAAUACACACAAAUAUCACAUUAGAACCUUAAUGCUAAUUUUGUUACUAAGUAAUAAUAUCAAAUUGUCCGGGGGAAAGAGGAGAGCAUGGGGGCUAUUGUGGCCUUCACCUACUGCUGGUAACAAGAGGCUGAUGUUACCAAUAAAGUUUUUGUUGUUGUUUCAGCAUUUUUCUUAACAAUGUAUUGCAUUUUAUGGGCUAGACAAGUGAAAACUUAAUA